AUGCACAUCAUUCUUACCGGCGCGGCCGGCAUUGUUGGCAGCCACACGCUCAAAUACCUCCUGGCUCGCGGCCAUUCGGUCGACGCUAUCGAUAUCGUGCCAAUUGCCCCCACAGUGCUCGAUGCUAUUCCCAAGGAGGCCUCGGAGCGCUUGCGGACGCAUGUGGCCGACUUGGUUGAUCUGAGCAAGUUUGAAGCGAUCGUCAAGGCCGCAGGACACGUCGACGGCGUGAUCCACAAUGGCGGCAUUCCCAAUCCUCUGAACAACGAUCCGCGGGUAGUGUACAACACCAACGUUACAAGCAACUACAAUGUCCUGCAGACUUGUGCCAAGUACGGUAUCUUCCGUAUCGCCCAAGCUUCGUCUGUCAACGCCUACGGCAUGAGCUUCACCCCCGAGGGACACAAGUUCUGGGACGAGCUGCCCAUGAACGAGCAGUCGCCAGCACGUCCAGAGGACCCUUACGCCACUUCCAAGAUCGCGUGUGAGGAGCAGGCCAACGCCAUUUGCCGCUUCUACAACGGCAUGCGCAUCGCCUCGCUUCGUUAUCACGCGUGUUGGCCCGACUAUGAGACAGCGACACAGUGCGCCCGCUAUCAGAGCCUGUUUGGUUGGGUUAGCCUCGAGUCGUGUGCUAGCGCUGCGCUGGCGGCUAUCACUUCGGAAGGGUGGGACAAACACGAGGUGUUCAACCUGGUGGCUCCGGAGAUCUGUUGGGAGGGAGGCAAGGACCCGGAGUCGCGGUUCAACGGCGAGAUGCUCGACUCACUUGCCUUGCUCGAAGCAAACUGGCAAGGCCGAUACAGCGGGGUCGACAAAAGCUGGUGGGCUUCCAACCCACGCAGGGGCUUCUGGGACUGUACCAAAGCCGAGCGUCUCUUGCAGUGGAAGCACGAGGGUUGA